AUGUCCUCAAACGUCGGACUACCAACACCCCGCGGAAGCGGUACUUCCGGGUACGUGCAACGCAACCUGUCAUUCCUCAAGCCUCGAAACGCCGGCUACGGCGCCCCGUACCCUCCCGUGUCUGUGAAUGGUGGCGACUCCAAAAAAGGCGAAUCCUUCAAGCAGCGCAAGCCGGACAAGCAGAUCCUGGAGCAUGACCGGAGGCGCGCCAUCGAGGUCAAGGUGCUGGAAGAGCGGGAGCGGCUGGAAGAGGAGAAUGAGCGGAUUGAGGAGGAGCUGAAGAAGCAGAAAAAAUCCAAGGGUGACAAAGACAGGGUCCCCCUCUCGGAGGAGGAGAUCGAAGAGCGAUGUAAUGCUCUACGCCAGAAACUCCUUAAGGAGCUGGAAGAUGAGCUUGCUGGACGCCAUAACCUUGAUGACGACGAGGUCAGAUAUGAUCGGCGACGGGGACGCGGCGAUCCAGGCCCACCGCCCCGAGAAAGGAGGCAGUUCAAGUCGUACCAGGUGCACGAGCUUGCCGAGGCAAAGAUGGAGGAGACUGAGCGUCUCCGUAAGGCGCUGGGUAUCAAGGAAGAUUGGGAGAAGGAGGGGGAUCUUUAUAAUCAAGAUAGGAAGAAUCGGGACAAGGAGAGAGACAGAGAACGAGAAAGGGAAAAGGAAAGGGACAGAGAGCGCUACUGA